GUCGCAAGCCCAGCCGGCUCUUCAAGAAGAAGUCGCAGGAGCUGAUGGACCAGGUGUGGGACGUGUCGGCAAUCCUGGACUUGAAGGCUGGACUGAUUGUGGGCGCCCAGGUGAUCUUCCUGAAGGAGUUCAAGGUGAUCCUUUAUCUGGAGAAAGCCAAGCCGGGGCAGCAGUGGAUCCGAGAUAUCCUUGCGGCUCUGGUAGCCAGCCAGAACAGAGCGGAGGCGGAGGAGGAAUCGCAGCGGAGCCCAACCUCGAGGAUCGAGGUGGUGCUGCGCCUUCGUCUGCGGGCCUACCUGGACAAGAAGGAUGGGCCAGAGCAGGAAGUGGUCAAGGGUGGCAUUGAGCUGCCCAAGCUACCGGAACCCCACGCCGAUGGAGGCGUGGAGUUUCAAGACUGGGUGUAUAUGACUGAGCAGAUGGUGGGUUCUUUGACAGACAAGGCUGGGACGUGGUACAUGGCUACAUUGGCGUGUGCUAAGGAAGCUUUCAUGAAGUACCAGGCCGCUACCCCGCUUAUGAGGCUCAGCAUCGCCCCAGUCAUUCCCGUGGAGUUGAAGGCGAGGCUUUGGGAACGCUUGGACCGCCGAGUGCUCACCCUUAUCCUCGCUGCUAUGCCUCGCCAAGCAAAGGAGGACGCUGUUACUCACAGGGUGAAAACAACGGCCGAUGCACUUUUCAGGCUGUAUGUUUUGUAUCAACCGGGAAGCUCUGCUGAGCGCGCAGCAGUUCUGAAGCUUCUCGAAGGGACAGCAGCUGGGGAGAAUGUCGAGGAGGUCGUGACCGCCCUGAGGCGAUGGAAGAGGCACCUCACCCGUGCGAUGGACAUGGGCAUCACGCCGCCGGACGCGUCGAUUCAGCUCAAGGCCAUCGACCUGAUCAUCGCAAGGGUGAUAGAGCGUGACCCGGGCCUCUCCUUUCGGCUUUCUCUUGCAAGGCACACCCUACAGCUACAAAGCCGUCCGACUCAAGAGACUGUGCUGCAGCAGUUCUACGACCACGCCCUUGCGGAGAUCCAGCAGCUCGCACCUUGGAAGAGCAAGACACAAAGUGGGCAAGAAGCAACAAGAUUGAAGGCGCUUGGAACUACAGCUGGAACCGGCGAGCCGACAACGCCUUCCUCUACGUCUUCACCCAAGGGAGCUGGCAAGGGGAACGAGAAGACUCCAUGCAAGUUCUUUGCGAGUGAUGCUGGGUGCAAAAAGGGGGGAAGCUGCAAGUUCGCUCAUACUUUUAUGAGUCGUGAAGACAAGAAGUCUAGAUGCUGGACUUGUGGUGCUCGCAAUCACAGACAGUCGGACUGCCCGGUGAAGGCCAAGGCAAAGGCCGCGACUACUUCAGCAGCCCAGCCCUUGGCCUCGGCAUCCAAUGCGGGUGCUCUUCUGCAAGAGGCUAACGCUAUGUUGAGCAAGCUGGCCCAGCUGCAGCCUAUGAAGCUCAAGUUCAAGCUAGAACGGCGCUUUUGGACUCGGGCGCCUCCCACGCCUUUCGGCCGCUACGUGAUUGAGACGACUACCCCUAUCAAGGCGGAGCUCGCAGGAGGCCAGGAGACUUGGCUACGUCAAACAAAGGCGGGUACCUUGGUUCCGAGCUCACAAGAUGAUGGUGGUCAGGUUAAGUCUAUUGUUCCACUUGGAGCGUUGGUCCAACAGCUCAAUUGCACCCUGGCCUGGACCAAGGAUGACGGCUUGAUCAUCAACCACCCGUCGUGCGGUAAGAUCACUGCACAGACAGUGGGCAAUUGCCCUGUGAUUCCUGAAGGCCAGGCGUUGCGCUUGAUAGCAGAGUUGGAAGAAGCCAGAGUGAACGAGCUAGAGGGCCACGUGAAUGAUGGCCGACUUCGGAUCCUAAACUGGGAUCUCAAUGAGCUGAGAAGCUGGGAGAAUGCUAUGGCGACCUAUGUGGCUACUGGAAAAAGGCACAGUGGUCUGGAGGCCUUGAUGAUGUCGUCGUCUCCUUUCGGACAAGUAGAUGUGUCGAUCCGGAGCCUCAUGGUUGAUGAUGUGGACCUUACAGACCAAGCGGGCUGGAACUACCUGAAGGCGAUGCCACUGCGCCGAGCAAUGAGGAAGCGACUUCACCAGACUUCAUGGAUUGUUCACUUGUAUGCCGGCCCCUACGACAAGAAGUCCGACAACUUGAAGGUCACCGAGAGGAAUGGCGUUACAGUGUUGGAGUUGGAUAUUCUCCGAAGCAGCUUGUUCUCCUUGAGGGGACAAGGCCCAGCCUACAAGCUUCUCUUGUGGGCAGUGCUCCGGGGCCAGAUUGUCAGUGUUGUGGGUGGCCCGCCAUGGUUUCUGGAAGUCGGAGGCUUGGAGCAAGUGGAGCAGUGGUCUGCGUAUGACCAGAUUUGUGAGGCUUUGCAGGCUUGGUACAAGGAACCAGACCUACCGCGGCUUGCACGAAUGCUGGCCAAGUUCGAAGGCAACUACGACGAGAUGAGACAUCAGCGUGUGCGAUCGCCGUCCUCCUGUGUUCUCUCCCUCGAUAUCUCCGGGCCCUACCGUACAAAGGGUGAAACUGGAACUCGCAAGGAUUUUCGCUAUGUUCUUGUCGGCGCCUUCAUGAUCCCCAAGAUGUACAAGGACCUGAAGGAGGGCGACGGCGAAGCAAAGAACGAAGGAAGCGCGAGAAACGAGGCCAGUGGCACCAGUAUGAAGGAGGACUUCGAAUGCUCGGAGUAUGAGCCUUCGGAACCUGGAAGUGUGCUCAAGGAAGGUGUUGUGGCGGAUGCGGAUGAAAAGGAUGAAGUUGAAGGUGGAGUUGGCAGCUUUGGCGACUACGAGGACCUGUUUGAGGAUGUCAAGGAGGAGCUCGACAAGACCAACAAGGAGUUCUGGGAAACCUACAAGGAAGUGGGAGACCCUUUUCAGAUGCAAGUGUUGCAGUAUGCCAUCCCGCUGGUUACGCGAAGAUCGUCGGAGGUCAACGCUGCAAUCAGGACUAUGAUCUUGAAGAUCAAGGCAGAGGGAUUUCCAGUUGUUCGAUGCCACUCAGACAGAGCGAGGGAGUUGACAAGUGACUCUCUAAGGGCCUGGCUUGUGGAACGGGAUAUUCUCCCAACCACGGGAGAAGGUCAGGCGCCGCAGCAAAACGGCCGGGCUGAGGCUGUUGUCAAGAGCCUGAAGGGUCGAGCCAAGCAGCUUCUACAUGCAACUGGCCUACCAAGACAGCUGUGGCCGAUGGCUAUGACGUAUGCAGCGUUUGGGGGAAGGCACGACCUAGAGUUGAGAUGGGCCAAGGGCCGUUAUGUUGGGCCAGCUCAAGAUAUUCCUCGCGGCAGUGUUGUUCGGCUUGAUGAUGGUGGCUAUGUUACUUCGGUCCAUCUUCGUCCACAUCUUGUGGACGCAGACCAGUUAGUUGACUUGGUCCCUCAUGAAGUCGACUUGGACUUUUCAGAGUCUGUGCGAGCAAGAGUGAAGGAGAAAACGACACCUACCACGAGGGCAGCUCCCCGACUACCACCAGGCACCUUUCCUACUGGGCGGAUAUCUUCGUUGCGGAUGAAGCCCCUCACCGAAGAGGAGGAGAAGGCUGAGUCGUUGGCCAAGAAGCUGGAGGAGGACAAGUCGUAUGGUGUGGACAAUGUCUUGAGAUUGUACGAAAGGCUUGAGGCUUCAAGACAAAAGAGCAGCCGAGGAGGAUCAUCUAUGUGGUUCACGGGUGCUUUUGUUCGAGGAGGCAAGGCUGGUUUGCGGCUGGGAACUACAAGGAUGCCUUGGUCUACAAGAUACCUGAUUGGUGCAGCGUGGCAUUUGACAGGCACCGGGGACUUCACUGCGGUUGGCGUGGCCAGAAAUCCUAAGUCUGGCUACCACAAGGACAGUCACAAUGAGGAGGAGGCAGACAAUGUGGUGGUUGGACUCAAUGACGUGAAGACAGGCGGUGGAUUGUGGGUACAAAAUGAGGACCUACAUCAUGCAGAAGCUGACUGGCGGCAAGUGUCCAAGAAGGUUAUGUGCAAGGGCGAAGUUCGGACUUUGGGGCGGGGAGACGUCACAAGGUUUGCGCCGAGGCUGUGGCAUGGUGCAGAGCCUCAUGAAGGAGAUCGCUACAUCAUGCCUUGGCUUUACCUCUUCAGCACUAUGCGAAGGAGAGCAAUGUGUGCCGACUACAACAUCAGCAUCUACAGGGAGGUCCUAUAUUUGAUUGAUGAGCACAGCGCUGGAGGUCCUUUAUGUUUAGGUGAUGAGCACAGCGCUGGAGGUCUCAAGCCAGUUCCUGUAUGGGCACAGGAUUUCAGCUCCGAGGACGAGGUUCAGCAGCCUCAAGCACGGUUGUUGAAGUCCAAGCAGGCGGCGCAGAUUCCAGAUCUUGAGGGGCCUUUUCGUGCGGUGAUUGAGGACCAAGAGGACUUGAUCGAGGAGUUAUCAGAACGGGCAGCUACUCUUAGGAGACUCCUUGAGGAGGAGGAAAUCCUAGCUGAGCAAGUUCGCCGAGCAGGAGAUUGUGUUCAAGCGGAAGCCUCACAUGUGCGGGACUUGGUGGAGGAUAUGCUUGAUGAAGUGGGCAAGGGCUUGGAGCAUUGUCAAGCUCAACGAGAACUGCGAUGUUUGAAGGCGAUCCAAGCUGGAGAGCAAACUACAGAGGAGCCAGACUACGAAGCACUUUUAGAAGGGCUACAGCGUGACCUAGAGGUUGUGUAUACGGUCCCGUUGAGUCAGGUUAAGCCUGUUGUGGAGCGUUGGCGAGAUGCUAUCUCUGCAGAAGUGGCUGGGCUCUUCGAAGGCACCCUCAGGAGCAUCACCAUCGAGGAAGCGCGGCAGCUGGAGAAGCAGGGGCGCUUAAAGCUGGUGCCGAGUAAAUCGGUGUGCACGCUUAAGCCCCCGAGUGAGCCAGGAUCCAAGAAGCGGUAUCGUCGGAAGUAUCGGUUGGUGAUCUGUGGAAAUUACAUCGAUCGUCCCGACGGAGCUUCUGGAGAGAGCUUGUACGCUGGUGGAGCAUCAGCUGAAUCACUUCGUGCUUCUUUGGCCUUGGCGGUGAUCUUCGCAUGGACAGCUGGGUCAAGCGACAUUGCAAGGGCGUUCUUAUUGGCAGAAUGGCCUGCCCACAUGCCCCUAUAUGGAGUCUUCCACCACGACUACUACUACAGACUGGUCACGCGAAACCAGGCGGCCAAGAUUGACCUCGAGGAUGGGACUUGGUUGGUGCUGGUUCAAUCGAUCGUAGACCCAGAAGUAUGGCUGGUGAAGCAGAGGUCGGCCAACGAUGAGGUUGGUGUUUUGGUUGGACUGCUGGUCACAUACGUCGACGACCUUUUAUAUCUGAGCAAGCCUUGGAUUGUGCAGAAGCUACAUGGUUGGAUUUCCAGCAUGUGGCCAACGUCCGCUCUAGCUUGGGCAACAGAUGACGAGGGCUUGAGAUAUUUGGGAGUUGAAGUUCGACAGCUGCAAGAUGGCACCUUCAAGUUGGACCAGGCGGGCUACGUGAAGGAUGUUUUACGUGGCCAUGGAAUGCUUGAUGCCAAGCAUACGUUCUUACCGGCACCAAAAGAAUGGCUUGAUGAGGCUGCAGCGACAGAGCGUGCACCAGAGGAGCAUUCGGAAUCCCAACUGAAGCACGCGCAGCGUGUAGUUGGGGAGUUGAUGUGGCUGACUAUGCGAACUCGCCCUGACCUCUUGUUCGUGACGAGUUUUAUGGCCAGUUAUGCUACGAGGCUUCCACUUAUGGUUGGGAAGAUUGGUGCAAGAGUCCAUUCCUACCUGGCGGCCACAAAGAAUGUCACCCUACAUGUGCAGAACAGGGACGAUAAGGCGGUACAAGCGGCUACCCUUCUGGAAAGCGUGGGAGUUCUCUUGGAUGAGGUUGCGGGAGGAGGAGCACCCGGCAGCUGGAGGACAAGGCACCUGCGUGUCAGGUGGACCUACUUGCGGGAGAAGAUUGAACGGGAGGAGUUGGAAAUCCAGCAUUGCGCUGGAAGUUACCAGCUGGCUGACCUGGCAACCAAGGUCCAAACCCGUGUCAGGACAGAGGACCUAAUGAGGCUAUGGGGCUUCGAUGGUUACCCUGCUGCGCCUGGACGUGUUGAGUGUGUGAAGCUGGCUUUGUUGCUGUGCAUCUUGUGCUCAUUGCCUCUAGCAGCUGCUGAAGGAGAUGAGGAUCAACACAGGAAGGACGCGUUACCAGCAACUGAGUGGAGCGAGCUAGCUGUUUUUACAACUGUGGUCUGCAUUGUGGCGAUUGUGUUCUGGGAGCUUAUCAAGUUUGCUGCGAGGGCAGUCUUGAGAGGCCUCAAGAGUGCGAAAAAGGAGAGAACCAGAAGCCGUAUUCGGGAAAGGGCAGCUGCGGCCACGGAGCGUGAGUUCCAAAG